AUGGGUCAUGGUGUGUUGACGUUUGAUGACUGCGUGGGGAUGAUCCCUUUGUUCUCCGUUGUGGGGUUUCUGGUGUACAAGAUUGGUGGUUGGAUUACGUAUGUGUUGACUCUGCCCCUGAGCAAGAUGAGAAGGAGACCUACUUCAUGUACUACAACUACUACUACGACAUGUACUUCCAAUACUGAAAAUAAUGAAGAAAUGAGUCUCCCCAUGAAAUCCAUCCUCUUUCUCUUGGCGCUCUCCUACUUGCUGUCUCCGUUGAGUACCAUGGUCCACUUGCGUGGCAAACGAUGGAACGUCCAGCUCUACCGCAACACGGGGAGUCAUUUUUCGGGACUCUUUGACUUGAUUCACGGCACGGACCCACAAGUCCAACAAGUCAUGGAUCUCAUGCCCAGUCUCCUCCGCGGUCCCAAACCGCCCCUUUUGUUUGCCAAUCGACAUUUGCAAUUCCUUCCGUGGCUUAUUCAGAAUGAGAUUCAUCGGCAAGAGGGAAUUCCCUAUCAACGCAUUCCACUACAAGUCACGGCGUGUCUCGACAAAUCAACAACCGCCACGGUUAGUAGUAGCAAGUGUGACCACCGACCGGCAUUCCUCAAUGAGACCAUUACACUCGAUGUCUUUCCACCAUUUGAUACUACUACUGAUACUACUUCCGACAGUAGCAAUGACAGUUAUCCAGGAUUUGACAAUGGAUCCCCCAUCAUUUUCCUGUCACCGGGAUUGCGCUGUGAGAGUCAGGACAUGCCCGGAACCAUGUUGGUCCGACGAGCGUUUGGAGCCGGCUUUCGAUCCAUUGUGGUCCAACGACGCGGUCAUACUCCCCAUCAACCAUUGCGGGCACCCCGUUGGAAUUUGUUUGGCGAUGUCGAUGAAUUGGAACAGGUCUAUUGGCAUAUUACGCGGCAUUAUGCGGCACCGCAUACCCCCAUGUUUCUGCAUGGGGUUAGUUCCGGAACGGCCCUGGUGGUGUCGGCGUUGGCAGAAUUUGAUCGACGACGACUGCAAGGCCAUAGCGCACCGUCGUUUGUGGCAUCGGCGUCCAUUGUACCGGGAUAUGAUAUCAGCAAGGUAUUCUUGCCGGAACGGUUCAAAUUCCCCUACAAUCCAAUCUUGACCGAAUCGGUCAAGGAUCAUUUUGUACGACAAAAUGAAGACGUACUACGACAAUUCAACAAUCAUGCCGUCAACGAGGCACUUUCGGCCACCAACUUGCAAGAGUUUCUCAAUGCGGCAGCACCGUUUGCGGGGUAUCCCAAUGCCACGGCCUACUAUCAUGGAGAGAAUCCCGUCAACAAUGUCCAUUUCAUCACCACACCCAAACUGGUCGUCAACAGCAUUGACGAUCCCUGUUGCAAUAUACACAAUCUCUACGAACCGUCACCGUAUCCACAACACGGAGGACGCACGUAUGCACAAAUGGCGGCCGAUUCCAAACACGGAAUGUUGGCCGUUACCAUGACGGGCACUCAUUGUCCCUUUUUGGACACGUCGGCAGGGGCUACCAACUAUAUACUGCCCAGUCUGUUGCCCGCCAUUGUGCCGGAUCCGUUCAAUGGAGGAUGGAUGCUCGAUAGUUGGGCCGAUCGAGUAUCCUUGGAAUUUUACCAGGCAGCCUUGCAAGUAUACGGCCAAGAGCGGCGGUUUCUGCAAUAG